AUGAAUCCGUCUGAAUCGUCGUCUCUCGGCGGGAAACAGCCGAGCCUCCGUCGAAGCCUAUCGACGCCGACGCUGUGCGGCGGAGGAUCCACGGCGGCGGAGUUUUGCGGCGGCACGACGGCGGGAUGCGCCGCUUUGUGCUGCUGCGCUCCUUGCAGCGUGGUGAGCCUCGUCGUCUUCGCCGUCUACAAGGCCCCCCGGAGAAUCUGCCGCGGCGCUAUUCGCCGCGUGCGGCGGAGGAGACGGGGGAUGUCGAAGAAGGAGGUUUCGGAGAAUGGAGAUUGCGAGAAGAAGCUGUGCAAAGCCGGGAGCUCGCAGUUCGCUGUUCAUCCGUUGGAGAGUAAAGAGGAUGGAGAUUUGGAUAAGUUAGCAAUGUAUUUGUCGGAUGAUGAAGAAGAAGACGACGACGAAGUGAUUGCGUUAGAGAAAGAGAUGUGGAAUAGAUUUAACAGUGGUGGUUUCUGGCGAGCCGAAACGGCGUCGUGUAGACUGUUUGAAAUGUAG